AUGGCCAGACAGGGGAACUUCUCCGAGAAGAUCAAAAAGGUCGAAAUCAAGAACAAUCGCAUUGAAGAUCAACAUGGCCGAGACAACAUCGGAACCACCGGCCUUUGGCUGGGACUACACCUGAGAUCUACAGAGGCCCAGAUCUCGGAUCUCCUCCCUACUAUUGCCUCCGUGCAAGCUCUUCCCGCCGGCCGGACUCUCCAAACUCGACAGACCGGAAACAUCCCCGACCCGGCAGGCGCAAAUAACGUUGGAAACGGCCAAGGCCUCCAGUUCAUCGGUGGACAAUGUCUCAGCGCGGCCGACUGCGCAUCAACAUGCUGUGCAACCCUGCCCCAAGGUAGUACCACCAUCGGCGUCUGUUCCGGCCUGGGAGCUCAGUUCCAAGCUGGGAAGCAAGGAUGUGGUUUCGGAACUACUGCUGCGGGCAACGGCACCGGCAAUACUGGCAAUAACCAAGCCGGGAAUGGCACCACGACUCCAACCACCGGACAAGGUCGCGGCAACAGGAACAAGGGCGGUAAUACUGGCAACACUGGCAACACUGGCAACACUGGCAACGCCGGAAACGCUGGAAACGCUGCUGGAAACGCCGGCAAGGGCAACACGGACAAUGCCAAUGCCGGCAACACUGGAAACGCUGCUGGAAACGCCGGCAAGGGCAACACGGACAAUGCCAAUGCCGGCAACACUGGCAACACCGGAAAUGCUGGAAAUGCUGCUGGUAAUGCUGGCACCGGCAAUACAGGCAAUGCCAACGCCGGAAACUCUGGUAAUAGGGGUAAUGGCAACGGCAAUGCAACUGGAAAUACCGGGAACACUGGCAACACUGGCACCACCGGUAAUACGGGCAACGCUGGAAACACCGGAAACGCGGGAAACGCCGCCGGUAAUAGGGGCAGCGCUGGUGACGCCAGCAGUGGUGGAACUACAGGAAAUACUGGCAACGCAGGAAACGCCAGCGAUAAGGGGAAUGCCAACGGAAGUACAGGCAACACGGGUACUACUGGUGGCGCAACAGACGCUUCCGCUGAUCAUACCCAUUAA